CGCGCCGGAGCCAGGCCCCGCCCCCGGAAGUGGGAGGUGGCGGCGGCGGGCGGGAGGAAGGCGGAAGUGAGGCGGGUUGAGGGACCCGGGGGGGGGCGGGAGGCGGCGGCGACCCCCCCCCCCCGCCGGCACCGGCACUGGCCCGGCAGGAUGGCCGUGACCUAGGCCCGGCCCGGGGCCGCCGGGAUGGAGCAGCUCCGGCAGCGGGAAGCGACUGCGGCCGAAGGAGGCACCGGACCCGGCUGGAGCUCGGAGCCCCCCGGGAGCAGCAGCCACCCCGCAGGGGACAGCACUGCCUGGAACGGGAGCUGUGGCCGCCCACCCACCCCCGGCCCUGAAGACGAUGGUGACCUGCCCUUCCCGGGCCCCCGGUGCUCCUGCUGCUGCCGGGGGGAGCCGGCCACCCCCCCGAGCCCCGUGGCCGGGCGGCGUGAGGGGUCCUGCAGCCUGACCUGCCGCAACUGGGCCACCACUGCCCCAGCGGUGCCGCAGCCCCGCGGGCGGGAGGAGGGCGAGGAGGAUGAGGAUGGCGUGGGGAAGGGGUGCCGGAGGACACGGAGGCGGCAGAGGCAUCGCUCGGCCCCCAAGGAGAAGGAGGAUGGCAGCCGGCGCGAGAGCGGCGCGGGCAAGCGGCACCGGCCGGUGCGGAAGAGGAGCCGCGGGGACGGGGCUGAGUUGCCGGGGCCGGUGGAGGAGCUGGCCGGCUGCCGGGGGCUGCUGGCGGCGGCGCUGGCCCAGGCCCGCAGGCUGGGCGCGGAGGCCAGCGGGCGGCUGCUCUGCUCCUGCUGCCACCUCAGUGCCCGUGACCUGGGCUGGGUGCAGGCCGGCGUGCGGAGCUGGGGCCGGCGGGUGAGCCAGCGGGCCCGGAGCGGCUCUCUCAAGGCGGCCCGGUGGCUGCGGACCGGGGCAGGGCUCUUCCUCCGCCUGCUCUGGAUGCUUUGCGCACUCCUCCUCCUCCUCCUCAUGCUGCUCCUGGGCAGCCUGCGGCUGUGCUGGCGCCUGGGUGCUGCCGCGCUGGCUGCCGGUGUGGAUCGGCUGGGCAGGAGCCAGCGGGCGGCCCAGCUCCUCGCGCUCCUGGACGUGGCCGUGCUCCGCAGGACGUGGGGGCUUCUCAGGGAGAGCCGGACGUGCCGUUACCUCUGGGACUGGCUGCAGAGGCGGCGAGCUCCCCCCUGGGUGCCCUGGGGGGGCCAGACAGGCGGGCUGGGGGACGCGGUGCCCGGCCCCGAUGCGGGUGCUCCCACCGCCGGCUCUGGGGAGGAGGUGAGCCGCUUGCUGGCCAUGGCGGAGGUGCCCGAGGAGGAGCUGAACCCCUUCCAGGUGCUGGGCGUGGAGGCGACAGCGUCGGACGCCGAGCUGAAGAAGGCCUAUCGCCGGCUGGCGGUGCUGGUCCACCCGGACAAGAACGAGCAUCCGAGGGCAGAGGCAGCAUUCAAGGUGCUGCGGGCGGCCUGGGACAUUGUCAGCAGCCCGGAGAGGAGGAAGGAGUACGAGAUCAAGCGGAUGGCGGAGAGCGAGCUGACGAGGUCCAUGAGCGAGUUCCUGAGCCGGCUGCAGGACGACCUGAAGGAGGCCAUGAACACCAUGAUGUGCAGCAAGUGCCAGGGGAAACACAAGAGGUUCGAGAUGGACCGAGACCCCCUCAGCGCCCGCUACUGCGCCGAGUGCGGCGGGCUGCACCCCGCCGAGGAGGGCGACUUCUGGGCCGAGUCCAGCCUGCUGGGGCUGAAGAUCACCUACUUCGCCAUGAUGGACGGGAAGAUCUACGACAUCACAGAGUGGGCCGGCUGCCAGCGCGUGGGGAUCUCCCCGGACACCCACCGCGUCCCCUACCACAUCUCCUUCGGCUCGCGGAGCGCCGCGCCGGGCGGGCGGCAGAGGAGUGCCUCCAAGGGCAGCCCCACCUCGGCUGCUGACCUGCAGGACUUCUUCACCCGCAUCUUUCAGGGGAGCUCAGGACCGAUGCCUGGGGGGCCCUUCCCACCUCCCCCCUCGCCCCCGGGGGCCGCAGCCCCCCCUGGCGCCCCCCCGAGGGCCGAGGGCGCAGCCCCCAAGGGCGACGCGAAGCACAAGAGGCGGAAGAAGGUGCGUCGGCCGUUCCAGCGCUGAGCAGCGCCGGGCAGACGGGGCUCUGCUGGGCACGAAAAGGGCUCUUUCGAAUAAAAAAAAUUCUAUUUUUCUUUUUUUUUUUUUAAAAAAAGUAAUCUCUAUAUUUAAAAGUAACCAGGGAGCUUGCAGGCUGACGCAGCCAACGCAAGCAGGAGGAGCUCUGUGUUGGAGCCAGCCGUACCAAAGAGCCCGGUGGGGCUGGGCAGGCAGGCGGGGACCAGGACAGACAGACAGACAGGCUGUCAGGUCUCUUCAGGGUUAUUGCAGGCGUUCGGGUGACGCAGCUCGUGGGGAGGCGGCUGCUGGCGCCGCUCUGGAGGGAAGGGAGCUGUGGCCGCCCCCAGUAUCGCAGGGUGCCUUCCUCCCCACGCUGGGGCUGGGGGGUCCCCGCACGGCGGCUCCCCCACCCCGAUGAGCCGCUCCUUCGGGCACAGCCACAGGGCUGAAGCUGCCGGGGAGGCUUGGAGGGGGUCCCACGAGCCCCCCCGCGCUGUGCCUUGUCCCGAGGAGCUGCAGCCAGGCAGCCUCUGCCAGCGCCAUUGCAAUAACUUUUUUUUUUUUAAGCAGAUUGUUCCUUUUCACUCGUACGGAUCUAUUUAUUACCGUGUGCAUCCGCUUUCUAUUAACAUAGCCGUGUAUAUCAGCUGCGCUCCUCCUCCUCACAGCGCUGCCCGGCCGGGGCCCCGCUGUCACCGCCCGGCUCCCCCUGCCCUGGUUUUGCUUUUCCUGCCUCAGCUUUGCUGGAGGGACCCUCGUCCCCUUCCCUCAGCGCUGGGGACGAAGAGCAGCUUAGUAUUUUUUUAAAGAAGCGCUGCUGAAAGCUCGAGCUGCACGGCGAGGGGGUUUUUGCAGAGACGCGAGGGAGCGUCCGGCGCCUCGCCGAGCGAUUGGCGUCUCCCGACCCUCCGAGCCAGGCAGGGACGUGGCGGCUGUGCCCGUCCCUCGCAGGGAGCAACAGCGCUGGGGGGGCUGCACGAGGCUCCCCAGCCCGCGACCGCUCGAGCGGCGCUGAAACGCCCCGAGAACCGCUGCCGUAGGCCACGAUUGCUUUUCACUAACCUUUUUGUACUCCCAGACUGGAGCAGCUGGGUUUUAAAUGGUAGUGUACCUCUUUCUUAUCACUUUUGUUAAAUUAAAAGUGCGGUUUGAA